GGGGAUUGGAACACCUGAAUCACAUGAUAUGGAGGGGAUUGGAACACCUGAAUCACAUGAUUGGGAGGGGAUUGGAACACCUGAAUCACAUGAUUGGGAGGGGAUUGGAGCACCUGAAUCACAUGAUAUGGAGGGGAUUGGAACACUGGAAUCGCAUGAUAUGGAGGGGAUUGGAGCACCUGAAUCACAUGAUUGGGAGGGGAUUGGAGCACCUGAAUCACAUGAUAUGGAGGGGAUUGGAACACCUGAAUCACAUGAUAUGGAGGGGAUUGGAGCACCUGAAUCACAUGAUAUGGAGGGGAUUGGAACACUGGAAUCGCAUGAUUGGGAGGGGAUUGGAGCACCUGAAUCACAUGAUUUGGAGGGGAUUGGAACACCUGAAUCACAUGAUAGGGAGGGGAUUGGAACACCUGAAUCACAUGAUUUGGAGGGGAUUGGAACACCUGAAUCACAUGAUUUGGAGGGGAUUGGAACACCUGAAUCACAUGAUAGGGAGGGGAUUGGAACACCUGAAUCACAUGAUAUUGAGGGGAUUGGAACACCGUAAUCACAAGAUAUGGAGGGGAUUGGAACACCUGAAUCACAUGAUAUUGAGGGGAUUGGAACACCUGAAUCACAUGAUAUUGAGGGGAUUGGAACACCUGAAUCACAUGAUAUUGAGGGGAUUGGAACACCUGAAUCACAUGAUUUGGAGGUCGGGUCCAAUACUUUUGGCAAUAUAGUGUAUUAGGAUUAGGAUAACCCUAGGACUAGGACAUCCCCCAGGAUUAGGAUACCCCCAGGAUUAGGA